AUGGCUUUCGCAGACACCAAAGAAUUAGCGAAAGGUUAUACGGCAGUCAACAACACGCAGUUUAACGCUGGGCUCUUCCUCCUCGAGCGACUUGGAAGCGUUAGGGGACAAAAAAUCCUCGACGUCGGCUGCGGAACAGGCAACCUCACAGCACAUCUCUCCAAACUUGUCGGCGAUUCGGGGAUUGUAGUUGGUGUUGAUCCAUCUCAAGAACGAAUCGCUCUCGCCCAGGAAUUCAAGACCUCACAUCUGUCGUUUGAAGUUGGAAAAGCCGAAGACUUGUCACGUUUCACUUCCGAAAGCUUUGAUGUUGUGUUUGUAAAUUCAACUUUCCACUGGGUGCAAGAUCAACCGAAAGCUGUUCGAGAGUUUGCUCGAGUUUUGAAGUCGGGGGGUCGACUUGGGAUAUCGGGUGGCUCGGGAGACUUUGUCGCUAUUCAUGAGAAAAUCAAGGAGGAUGUUCUGUCAAGAGAACCGUAUCGGCAAUAUCCAGAGCAAGGAGGACCGACGUUUAUUAAACAGCAAGAUUUGGAAGGACUUCUUGAUCAAGCUGGAUUUGGGGAAAGGAAGAUCGUGGUGAAUACGAUUGUCAAGACGGCAAAGGAUGGCGCUGCUAUGAUUGAGUGGCUGGAUACCAGUUCGUCUGGUGCGACGUAUGGAGGAAUUCCCUUAGAUCUAAGACCCAAGGCAAGGGAAGAGAUGAAAGUGGAAUGGGCGAAAGUUACCACGGAAGAUGGAAUAAAGAUGGAUCUGGAGUUGUUAGUUACUGUUGCUGUCAAAGGUUGA